UUUUUAUUUUAUAUUGUAUGUUUCUGAAAAGAUGUCUCUGAGAAAAGUUUUGGUGGUUAAUAAAACAUUUCCCGCUGCUGGUUUGGAGUUGUUGAAAAAGCAAGUUGAGGUGACUGUUGUGCCCCACAUAGAUCAUGAGCCUGAAAUUGUGUCUGCAAUAGAAAAUGAGUUGAAAGAGCAAAAAUAUGAUGGAAUCAUUUGGAACACGAAGCACAGGUUGACUGGACCUCGUUUGGAUUUGGCUGGACCAAAACUAAAAUGUGUGUCAACAAUGUCAUCUGGCUUGGACCAGAUCGAUAUAGAGGAGAUAAAAAAGCGCGGUCUGCGCCUGGGCAAUACAGUUCAGGUUCUUGACAAUGCGGUGGCAGACAUCGCCGUUGGACUGCUUAUAGGAGCGGCCAGGAGGUUCAAGGAGGGGGUAGAAGAAUUGGAGAGUGGCGUAUGGAAAGAAGGAGUCCAGUGGAUGCUGGGACAAGACAUAGAGGGCAGCACAGUGGGCAUCGUAGGCCUCGGGGGCAUUGGGCAAGCCAUCGUCAGGAGGCUGAAGGGAUUCGAUGUGAAGCGGUUCGUUUAUAGUGGGAGGAGUGAGAAACCUGAAGCCAAAGCAUUGGGUGCAGAACGAGUACCUAUAGAACAACUGCUAAUGGAAAGCGACUACGUAGUCCUGUGCUGCCCGCUCACAAGUGAAACCAAGCAUUUGAUCAACGAUGAACGGCUCGGUAUUAUGAAGAAGAACGCAGUUCUCGUUAAUAUAGCACGAGGAGGUGUCAUAGACCAGGAAGCGUUGUAUAAAGCUCUGAAAGAAAAGCGUAUUUUCGCGGCAGGGCUCGACGUUACAACUCCAGAACCUCUUCCGAAAGACGACCCUCUAGUCUUAUUGCCUAAUUGUUUUAUUGUACCUCAUUUAGGCAGCGCUACAAACGAGACCAGAAACAUGAUGUCUAGAAUUUCAGCCAAAAACAUAUUGUUAGCAUUAGAAGGGAAGCCUAUGGUGAAUCCUGUUAUCUAGUUUAAUUAAAUAAGUUUAACUCAACAACCUUCUUAUGGCAAGA